CGCGUGAUGGGGUCCCAUCAUUUCCAAUCUUACUAAAUAACUUGCACACUAGGAUCCCUCUCCCACCAGGAUAUGCACUGAAGAGGAAAAGUAGAGAGGGUGGAAGGAAUACACAAGCUUGAAGUUGCCAGUGACCAAAAGAUGGCACGUUGUAAGAAGGAAGAGAAGAACAUAGUGGCCAAGCAGUGAAUUCAGGAUGAUGGACAGAGGGUACACUAUAGAUCCCAGCUGUCCAUUCUGGCAGUUUGACGUGUUUUCCUUCAAACUGGUUACCAGGUCAGAAUGUCUGAUGACCUCAGAGGCUUCCGAGCUCCCUGAUUGGAUCCUUCAAAUGCCCUGUGGGGGUUGGAUGCCCAGUGUUCAACAGCUGCUUCUCAGACCUCUUCUCCACUGGUGGUCUGUGCCCUCACUCUAGAAGAGCCAGUGGCUUCAGUUUGACCAAAUUACUGAAGCACACUGAGGACAGACAGGAGUCUGUUUUGUGGAGGUGUUAAGGGGGGUUGGGAGAAGUCAUGGCCACUGGCGAACCAUCUUUCCAGUUUGAGGACCAGAGUCCACAGCCCAUCUGUCCAGAGUAUGCCUUGGAAGUAGUGGUAGAUGAUGAUGAGAUCCCAGGACAAUCAGGCCUAUGGGAAGCAUCCAGCCUUGCACCUCAGGCCUGUGUUCAGAAGAGGAAGACAGACUGGUUCGCAGAGCCUGAGGAGGAGCUGCAUGAGCACCUGCUGGUUUUUGUUGAUGGAGUCCCUAGAUUAGCAUCCUACCUCCUGUCUCAGUCCCCUCCCCCAAAGAAGCAGAAAGGCUACAUUUCAGAGUCAGAAUUAGUGGCAGAGCAAGAGAAGGAUCAUCAAGGGGGCCCUGAUUCAGUUCUUAGUGGGAACACAAACCUCCCCGCUCAAUUCUCUGGCCACAAUUGGAAGAGAAAGGGGUCAUCAAUAUCAAAGGAGGAUGAGGAGGGGGUAGGGCCCUGGGACACUCACAUAGCAGCCAGGGAAAAUAUGAGGCUGCCACCUCGCAAGAGGUGGAGACAGUACCUGUCCCUGCUGUGUGAGGAGUCACAGGAAACUUGGGGAUGUUUCAGCCUGUGCCCUGUGCCGUCUACACACACAGGUGUUGUAGAGAAGCCUUGUGGCCUCAAGAAGAAGAGGAAGAGGAAACACCUGUCCUCAGUGCUGCCGGAGCACCAUGCAGCCUUCACCAGGCUGCUGGAGGAUCCUAUCAUCAGAAAGUUCCUGGCAUGGGACAUGAACCUGAGGACCUCUGAUAAGUACCUGCUGGCCAUGGUCAUUGCGUAUUUUAGCCGUGCUGGGCUCUUCCCAUGGCAGUACCAGAGGAUCCAUUUCUUCCUGGCCCUCCACCUAGCCAACGACAUGGAAGAAGAGGACAAUGAACUGGCAAAACUGGACAUGUUCUUCUUCAUGUAUGGAUGGAACCUGGCCCAGAUUCCCAAGUUCCACAAGCUUCGCUAUGAGUUCAUCUGCUGCAUGGGCUGGGACCUCAGGGUGACCCGAGAGGAGUGUGAGGAGAUCCAAGCUUACGACCCUGAGCUCUGGGUGUGGAAGCGAGAUCGCACCCUACCUCAGGAAACCCUGGAGCUCUGAGAACAAUGGCCUCAAAAGAUCUCUGGGACCUGGGAAGCAACGAAGGAGAAUCACCAAACUUCCUCGAGCUGGGAACCCCUGGGGGGAGAACUAGAAUCCAGUUUUUCUCUGUCACAUUCUACAUUUUAUGUUCAAGUUGUUUCUGAGAUAGAAAAUGGACAGCAGCUAUUUUUAUACUCUUUGUACCCCAUAUACCUGAUACCCUUAGAAAGUGAUCUGUAGAGUGCCACUCUGGGAGGAAAUUGCUAAAAAUAGAACAUUAAGGCCAUAGGUCUGUCAUAGGUUCCUUUUCAAUAUAGGAAGAACCCUUCUCUAGUUAUUAUCUCUAUUUUCCCCAUAGAAAUGUUACUCUGUUCUAGUAAUAUUGAGAUUGUAUAGAUAUCUGUAACCCUGUUUUUAUAAUGGCUUGUGUUAGGUAUUUCAACUUUAAAUAUUUUAGCUUAUUUAUUUUUAAGGAGGUUUUUAUCUGUGAUAUUUAUACAUGCAUUACACUUAUAUUAAGGUGGUUAUACUUACAACCACACUUUCAAAUAUAAAUCACGCAGUCCUUCCUUA